CGAAAUUUUAUUUUCCGCUCGGCUCUCUACGUGGUACUUUCAAUCUUCAAAAUGGUCGUGAAAGACCCGUACAUAAGUAUUUCGUACGAAAACUUCUUGGUUCUAGAUAAGAAAUGCACCGCUUUCAAAGAAGUAUUCAAUGAUCCUAGUAAGAUGCCAGUAAAAGUGUUCAUCGACCUCGGCGAGCGUCAAUUAAAGGAAUUGGAGUUAAUCAGAGAAAUCAGUAAGGUGUUGCAGAAAAAGAAAGAAGACGACCUUGCAAUGGCUGCGAAAGCGGCAGAAGAUGCUGAAGAAGAGAGAAAGCGGGAAGAAAAAAAGAAAUCUGAAGAAGCAAAAGCCGAGGAGACAGAAGAAAAGAAAGAGGAAUAACUUGUUUCGAAACUCAUAAUUAAAUAUAUGCAAUUAAUUAUUUAUUUUAUCGUAUAUCGUGUACUCGAUAAUGAUUUUGAUAUAAUAAAAUAUUAUUCGACAUUCGAUAAUCUCCUAAUUA